AUGACUGUAACUCAUGAGCGCAUGCUGGUGAUCAGUCACUCGAAAGAAUAAGAAGAAGAAGAAGAAGAAGAAGAAGAAGAGGGGAAGAAGAAGAAGAGGAGAAGAAGAAGAAGAGGGGAAGAAGAAGAAGAGGAGAAGAAGAAGAAGAGGGGAAGAAGAAGAAGAGGAGAAGAAGAAGAAGAGGAGAAGAAGAAGAAGAAGAAGAAGAAGAAGAAGAGGGGAAGAAGAAGAAGAGGAGAAGAAGAAGAAGAGGGGAAGAAGAAGAAGAGGAGAAGAAGAAGAAGAGGAGAAGAAGAAGAAGAAGAAGAAGAAGAAGAAGAAGAAGAAGAAGACUGAUGAGAGGAGAGGAGGAAGAUAGAAGAUGAGGGAGAGAAAAUGGUCUGCAAGCUACGACGAGAACGAAGGAGGAAGAAGAAGAAGAAGAAGAAGACUACUGAUGAGACGGAGAAGAGGAAGAUAGAAGAUAAGGAAGGAGAGAAAGACCAAGAGUGA